UGCAGCAAAGAAUCGUACAGCUCUUAAAGCUCUUGUAGUUUGCAUAAUUUCCAAGUAAUGAAUGUCGUUUUCAAUUUCUCAAAGAACGAUGAAAUGUUAGUUUGUGAGUACAUUCUCUAGUUCUAUCCAGUUUUGGAUCAUGAGUUCCUCGAAAAAUUUGUAUAGAUCGUUCUCAUACAUUUCAUCUUCCCCUUCAUUGUUGAUUUUCCUUUUCCUAAUCCCAAUAGCCAUUGUUUCUUUUCUUGCUACCAAUUUCGCCCAUCAAAAAACCCUAAUUCCUCCGAAAACUCUAGGGUUUCUAAGCUUGUUUUGGUUUGGUAAUUCGUUGGGGGUCGAGCAUCGAGGUCAAGAUCACGGCCGUGAUGGUAAUAAUAUUUUGGAUGGAUCGAAUGCUCGGGUUUUGAUGAAGGGCUCGUUGUAUCGUGACUUUAAAAAAGAGGAAAUAGUGAAACACGCCUUUGUAAGAGAUGGGGUGUGGAAGAUCGAAAGCGUGUUAUCUAAAGUCCGACUUUCCAUAAAAGAAGCUGCUAAAAGCAACAAUAAGAGCUUCAUUAUGACACGAAAUAACAAUCAAGAUCCACAAAACUACAUUCCUCAUGGUGCAAUCUAUCGAAAUGCAAAUUCAUUUUAUCGGAGUUACGUUGAAAUGGAAAAAAAUUUCAAAAUCUAUGUGUACAAAGAAGGCGACGCCCCGAUCUUCCACAACGGGCCUUGCCGUAGCAUAUACUCAUCGGAAGGGCGGUUCAUCCACGAAAUGGAGAAGGGGAGCCGAUAUCGGACACAUGACCCCGAAGAGGCUCACGUGUACUUCAUGCCGUUUAGUGUGGUCGUGAUGGUUCAAUAUUUAUACGUGCCCGGUGCAAUUGACAUGGAUCCUAUCGGGCGCACCCUAUCUGAUUAUGUUGACACUAUUUCACACAAACACCCCUUUUGGAAUCGAAGCCUUGGCGCCGAUCACUUCAUGUUAUCUUGCCAUGAUUGGGCACCUCACUCGAGUUCAUAUGCGCCGCUCCUAUUCAACAACUCUAUACGAGUUCUAUGCAAUGCCAAUACUUCCGAAGGAUUUAAUCCCCUAAAAGAUGUCUCAUUGCCCGAAAUCAACCUCAAGACCGGAGAAAUCACCGGCCUUCUAGGUGGGUCCCCUCCGUCGCGACGACCCAUACUCGCCUUCUUUGCCGGGGGCCUUCACGGCCACAUAAGAGAGCUACUACUAAGCGAAUGGCAUGAAAAAGACCCCGACAUCCGUGUCUACAAAAAUGUCCCUUCGGAUGGGCCAUCCUAUGAGUCGAUGCUUAAGAAUAGCAAGUUUUGCCUUUGCCCUAGUGGGUAUGAAGUCGCUAGCCCUCGCGUUGUCGAGGCGAUCUAUGCAGAGUGCAUUCCGGUGUUGAUAUCAAACGGCUAUGUCCCACCAUUUAGCGAUGUUUUGAAUUGGAAAAAGUUCUCAAUUACUCUGAAAAUAGAGGAUAUUCCAAAUAUCAAGGUGAUUUUGGAGGGAAUUUCUGAGGCUAAAUAUUUGAAAAUGCAAAAAAGAGUAAAGCAAGUGCAAAGGCAUUUUGUCGUCAAUGGAGAUCCUAAAAGGUUCGAUCUUUUUCACAUGAUUCUUCACUCUGUUUGGCUUCGACGAUUGAAUUUAAGGUUGCUGGCUUCGGUGUAGUUAAGAUCGCGUUGGGUUGUAAUGAUGUUCGAUUCGAACUCAAGUUUUUGCUUUUCCUUUUUAUCCGUGCUAUAGAUGUGUUUUUCAUUGAAUGAAGGUUUUAAAAAUAGAAAUUCUGUUUACAUGCCUAAUUUAUUUUUUUUUUUUAGAAAAAUGCAUUAUUUAUCAAUACUAUUUUUAGAAAAACAAAAUUAUGAUACUAAAUAGUUUUUUUAAAAAAUAUAUCAUAUUAAGUUUUACAAAUUCAGAAAGUAUUACAUAAUUGUAUUUAUUUGCAUAUUAUAUUAUUCACGAGCCAGUCUCGGACUUUUACAGGGCUUUGAGCAAAAGCUAAAUUGUACGCCCUAUAAAUAUACGAUAAAUAUAUUUUUAAAAUAAUAUCACUAAUAAAUAUAAUAAUAAAUUCCAAAAAAAUAAAAAUUAUUUUAAUUAUACAUUCAAUAAACGGUCAUACGUAUAAAAUAUAUCAUCAGUCGAAAAUAAAUAAAAAAUAUUGACUAUUAUAAAAAUAAUAAUCCAAUAAUAAUAACAACACAAAUAAUAAUAAUAAUAAUAAUAAUAAUAAUAAUAAUAAUAACUACUAUGAAC